UGGUGCGUGACAAAAGGUCGGAAGAAAUCGAUUUUAUAUUUACUAGGUUUGAGUUUAUAUUCACUCGGUUUUUGUUUGAUUCGAAUCAAUUUUAAUUUGUUCGUUUCUCACUCUCUCUUGUAAGCGGAAGGACCCUCUCGAAUCCGAACAUUCAAAGUGUUGAGCUGAAUUACCAGACCAGUCAGGCCAUAAUACUGCCCAAUCAUCAAAUUAAGAUUCACAAAAAAAAAAAAUCAUAAAAUUAAUUUGUGCUUGAAUAACACGUUAGCUCUGAUAAUAAAUUGUUACACGAAUUUAGCCACACACGUACUAGUAUAAAAAGGAGGAAGAAGCAAAGAAAAACCAGUAAAGAGAACAAAAAGAAAAUGGAGAUAUGGUUACUUAUCUUGGGCUCUCUCUUCCUCUCUCUCCUUCUCAAUCUCCUCCUCUUUCGCCGCCGUGACUCCUCCUCUCUUCCGUUACCACCUGACCCUAACUUCUUCCCUUUCCUUGGAUCCCUUCAAUGGCUCCGGAAAGGUUUAGAUGGUUUCAACAACUAUGUCCGCUCCGUCCAUCAACGUCUCGGUCCUAUCAUCACCCUCCGCAUCACUUCCCGCCCCGCCAUCUUCGUCGCCGAUGGUUCCCUUGCUCACCAGGCUCUCGUCUUGAACGGUGCCGUUUUCGCCGAUCGUCCACCGGCGGCUCCAAUAAGCAAGAUUGUUUCGAGUAACCAACAUACCAUCAGCUCUUGUUUAUAUGGAGCUACGUGGCGGCUUCUUCGCCGGAAUCUCACUUCUGAGAUUCUUCACCCUUCGCGGGUGAGAUCUUAUUCUCACGCGCGGCGUUGGGUUCUUGAGAUCCUUUUUGAUCGAUUUCGUAAGAACGGAAGUGAAGAACCGACCCUUGUUCUUGAUCAUCUCUACUAUGCGAUGUUUGCGCUUCUUGUUCUCAUGUGUUUUGGAGAUAAGCUUGAUGAGAAGCAAAUCAAAGAGGUGAAAUAUGUUCAGACACUACAGCGUCUUGGCUUUACGAGAUUUAACAUCCUCAAUCUCUGGCCUAAGUUCACCAAAUUGAUUUUGCGAAAGAGAUGGGAAGAGUUUUUCCAGAUGCGGAGAGAGCUGCAGGACGUUUUGCUUCCGCUGAUUCGUUCUCGGAGAAAGAUCGUGGAAGAGAGGAAAAAGAGAUCAUUAGAGGAAGAAGACAACAAAGAGUAUGUACAAUCAUAUGUUGAUACUCUGCUCGAUGUGGAACUUCCAGAUGAGAAUAGGAAGCUGAACGAGGAUGAAAUUGUGAGUUUGUGCUCUGAGUUUCUAACUGGUGGGACUGAUACAACGGCCACCGCGUUGCAAUGGAUCAUGGCGAACCUUGUGAAGAAUCAAGAACUCCAGGAGAGAUUAUACGAGGAGAUCACAAGUGUAGUCGGGGAAGAAGCAAAGGAAGUGGAGGAAGAAGACGCGCAGAAGAUGCCGUAUCUAAAGGCAGUAGUGUUGGAGGGUCUCCGACGACACCCUCCGGGAAACACUGUGCUCCCGCACAGUGUCACGGAGGACACUGUCUUGGGAGGGUAUAAAGUACCGAAGAAGGGGACGAUUAACUUCUUGGUAGCAGAGAUAGGGAGGGAUCCAAAGGUGUGGGAGGAACCAAUGGCGUUUAAGCCGGAGAGGUUUAUGGGAGAAGAAGCGGUGGACCUAACCGGAAGUAGAGGGAUAAAGAUGAUGCCGUUUGGAGCAGGAAGGAGGAUAUGUCCGGGGAUAGGUCUAGCAAUAUUGCACCUUGAGUACUACGUCGCCAACAUGGUCAGAGAGUUCCAAUGGAAAGAGGUUGAAGGUCAUGAAGUUGACUUGACGGAGAAGCUAGAGUUUACCGUAGUAAUGAAGCAUCCGCUUAGGGUUGUUGUUGUUCCUAGGCGAAGUCACUAGUGAAGCUGCAUGUCUAUUUACCGUAGUAAUGAAGCAUCCGACUUUUCUCCA